CGUUAGGGUAAACGUGAACUUUGGAGUAGAAACUCCACUCAUGUCUGGUACAGAAAGUGAUGUGUCCACAGUUAGGUUAUCCUUCCAACAUUUCUCAUGGAUAGAUUAUUCAAUAUUCGUUAUAAUGUUAGGGGUGUGUGGUGGAAUAGGUAUUUAUUUCGGAUUUAUUAAGAAGCAAACAUCAACCAAGGAUUAUUUGAUGGGGGGAAGGAAUAUGAAAUUGGUACCAAUUUGUUUUUCUCUAGUAGCUAGCUUUAUUUCAGGUAUAUCUUUAUUGGGGAUACCUACGGAGAUUUAUUUAUACGGUAGUUCAUAUAUUUUCACUAUGAUCGGAGCCUUUAUGAUGUGUAUUGUUAUAACAACCACGUUUAUUCCCGUGUUACACGAAUUACAACUGACAUCAGCAUACGAGUACUUAGAACUACGCUACGAUAAAAGGACAAGAGUGUUUGGAUCGAUCAUAUUCAGUGUAUAUUUGAUGGCUUGGCUUCCAAUUGUAAUUUAUGUUCCUGCUCUUGCAUUUAAUCAAGUUACAGGUGUGAAUAUACACAUCGUGUCUCCAAUCGUGUGCCUUGUUUGUAUAUUUUAUACAUGUGUGGGAGGUCUUAAAGCAGUUGUUUGGACUGAUGUUAUCCAGACAGUUGUUAUGAUUGGAGCUAUGCUUUUAGUGAUUAUUAAAGGAACUGUAAUUGUUGGUGGGGUUGACGAAGUAUUCUCUAGAAAUUGGGCUACAAACAGAUUAGAAUUCCCGAGUUGCAAUUUAGAUUUGACAGAACGGCACUCGGUUUGGUCAGUGACGAUAGGAUCGACAUUCUACUGGAUCGGCAACAUAGCAGUAAAUCAGUCUAUGAUGCAGCGAUUUCUGGCUUUGUCAAAUGUUAAAAUGUCAAUAAGGGCAGUGUGGGGAUUUUUUUCUGGAGUAAUUUUAAUCGUUUCCAUCUGUAGCUAUAGCGGCCUUCUAGCUUAUGCUAGGUUUAAUGAAUGCGAUCCUUUAAAUUCAAAAUUGGUACUGGCGAAGGACCAACUUUUGCCAUUGUUGGUCAUGGACGUGUUAGCGGAAUGGAAGGGUAUGCCCGGGAUAUUUGUAGCUGGAGUUUUCAGUGCUGCUUUGAGCUCGCUUUCUACAGGUUUAAAUUCAAUGGCUGCCGUUGUACUUGAAGAUUUUUGGAAACCAUUUUUCCAUAAACUCAGUCAAAAACAAACUCAAAUACUCGUGAGAUCUGUGGUUGUAGUACUUGGCUGCAUUUGUGUAGGUUUGGUGUUUGUGGUAGAGAAGUUAGGAUCAGUCUUACAACUUACCAUGAGCCUGUCAUCGGCAUCAAUGGGACCGCUUGCUGGAAUAUUUCUCAUGGGAUUAUUUUUGCCUUUUAUUGAUGGAGUGGGUGCAUUGACUGGUGGUAUUGCUGGUUUAAUAACAGCGUGGUGGGUGGCAGCGCAAUCACAAUUGGCGCAGGCGAGAGGUUUGCUAACGUUCGUUGAGAAAGAAAGACAUACAUUCAAUUGUACCUAUAAUUUUGAACCCAUGACAAUUCUCGAAGAUAUUACUGAAGGGGAGGUGUCAUAUAUUUAUAGGAUUUCAUACUUAUGGUUUACGGGUCUUGGUUGCUCGGUGACUGUAAUAGUGGCUUGCCUUGUUAGUUUAAGAUCAUCGAAAAAUAAAAUUGACCCCAGACUUUUCGCACCAUUUCUGAGGUCUUGGUUAACGCACAAAUAUGAGGUGGAACAUAUGGAUUUAAAAAGCACUCCGAGCUGAUAAUAAACAUUUUU